AUGGCUAGUAAGGAGAGUUUUGUAGUGUUGGUGCAUUAUAGAGGGUCGAUUAAGAGAAAAACAUGCUCUGGUGUGAAGUUCACUGAUAAAGAUCCUCUAAGUAUUUUUAUGAGACCUACGACGAGAUUCGAUGACUUUUUGAAUUCUAUAAUACAGAAACUUGGGCUGCAAGGCGUGAAACAGGUUCAGAAGUUAUUCUAUCGCAUUUCGAUCUCAGUGCUUAGAGAUGACGUGAAGUAUGAUUCUUUCAUUAUAGGGAGUGACGAGGAUUUGCAGGUCCUGUUCCAUUGUCUUUGGCAUUUUUCCGAGGUCAGGACACCUGAGUUGUUGGCAAAGUUGGUUAAUGUGGUAUCUAGCUCGGGAGGUUCGAACCGGAAUACUCAAACUCUAGGCACGGUAGUCGGUUCUAGCUUGAGGCCCGUUGGUGCAUCUUCGUCGGUGCCUGUGAAUGCACCUCAGGACGAGCCUGUUGCGUCCCCGUCGUUCGCCAUUGAUCUCAACUGCAGUGGUGGCGGAAAGGUUGGUAUCGUGGAGAGGGUGUCGAUUUCUUUACAGUGUGGGGCACCGGCUGAGAUCGGUGAUGCAUUGCUGGAUGAUGAUGGUGAUGAUGAUGUGGAGCCUGACCUCAUUGCUGAUGACAGUGGCGAUGACAUUGCAGCGAGUAAUCCAGCUGGGGCUGGCGGUGGUUCUAGCUCUGGGACUCAGCAGUACUCUCCGCACUUUUCAUCGUUGGACUUGGAUGCCAUGAGACAGGAGGGAGUUCCUGCGGAACCCACUGGAUUUAGUGUUAGAGAUACCCAGGGUACUUGA